UGGCUGCACUGUGCAUCCAAGGUUCUAUUUAUUUUGUAAUUUCCUUGAAAUUCUAUUUCCUCAAUAAAAUUUAUCCAUUUGAAGAAUUAAUCGAGUGAACAGAUAAAACUGCUUGAGUGCCAAAGGAUCAAACAUGGAAUUCCGAAAUAUAGCUUCUACAGAGGCACACUUUUUGGACAAAGAUACCCAAGAGGUCAUGAGUAAAUACCAACCAGUUUUUAUGGAGUAUUCAAUUUUAGCUGAAUACAAUGCUCUGAGAGACCAAUCCAAAAUUUUACAAGAUGUAUAUGUGAUGCCUUCCUCUAAAGAUCCCUUGCAUUGGUUUGGCCUUAUAUUUCUGAGGAGUGGUUGCUAUGCAGGAGCAGUAUUUCGCUUUAACAUUUUUAUAGGCAAAAACUUUCCCCAGACUGACAUUCCUAACAUCGUUUUCGCGCCCCCAAUAUUCCACCCUAAAGUGGACCCUGUUUCGGGUUACAUGGAGACCCGAUCGUCCUUUGGGAAGUGGCAAGUCGGUGUGCACCAUGUAUGGCACUUGUUACUGUACAUAAAGAAAUCUUUACUCGUGAUUGAUAAUCGCGAUUCAGUGAAUCAAGUCGCUGCUGAUUUGUUCACGCACGAUCGCUCCGAGUUUCAGACGAGAGCUACCGAAUGCAUUAUGGAAUGCAAAGAACGUCUAAAUGAUUCCAAUCAAUACUCAAGUGAUCCACACUAUUUGAGAUUUUCGCCAUACAAUCCUAACAUUCAUGGAACUUUCCGCAAAGCUGUUCUUGCUAAUGCCAAAUCAAGUGGCUCAACAUCUGCGGGGAAAUCCCUUUCUUGGGUAAAACCCGGUUCGCUGCAACCCUGUUCUAGUCAGGAUUGACGGCUUAAUUUUUAUGUUUGCCAGUUCUCUCGAGAGCUGAUAAAACAAUGAUUUGUCAUCUAUGCUGGAGUGUAAUAUAAUUUUGAAGUGCAUACACCAGGCAACGGUCAAGACGAGGAGUUUGAUGAAUUUGAAAAUUGACUUGCACACUAGGUUAUACUAGGCACGCGGAUGGGCAUACGACAUUGACUAUUCGUCUUCCACACAUAAACGAACAACGCCGGUGCUUUGCCAUCUUGUUCCUCGCCUACACAUGGCGCCUACAUCCUUCAAAAUCUUGAUAACUAAGCUAAGUUACGCAUUAUGAAUGCCUUUACAUCCCUCAUUUCCUGCAAAGCCAAUAAAUAAAUGAGUUUUGUUGUUA